UUCAGUUGAAAACACGCGACUACCACAGCAGAGGUCUGUGAAGUUUAUUUGAAGGAUUUGAGAAGCUGAUGUUGUCUGUGUGUUGAAUGAGAGUCGUAAGAUGAUUAUUCUUGGCGUUGCUUCGCCCCUGUGAAUAACAACAGCAUGAUCAGAGACAUCAAUACAUCAUGCAGCGUUACCUCAUCUUUUUUCAAUACAUCGGUACAAAAUACAGUGGUGUAGUGAAAGCGCCUCCACACCAGCUGAAUAAAACCGGGGUCCAGAAUCACAUAGAGGAAGCAAUUCAGAGGCUGAAGCCCAUUAAUCCAGUGUCUCUGUCGGUGUCGAGCAGGACGGACGCUGGCGUCCACGCUCUCUCUAACUCUGCUCACUUUGACCUGCAGCGCAGGAACGACAAACCACCGUUUACUGAAGAAGUUGUCAUUGAUGCUCUUAAUUUUAACCUGGGAACCGAGCAAAUCAGGCUUACCCAUGCUCACCGUGUCCCCGAUGACUUCCAUGCCCGUUUCCGCGCUCAGUCGCGGAGCUACACUUACCGCAUAGCACUGGGCAUCACCCACCACACCCUACUUCCCCUCACGGACCACAAUCAGUGCUGGAGCCUCCCCAACACAGAGCUGGAUGUGGAGGCCAUGCGUGAGGCGGCUGCCCUGCUGGUUGGGACUCAUGACUUCAGCAGCUUCAGGGCAGUGAACUCGGAUAUACUAUUCAAGAACCCGGUGAAAAAGCUGGAUGUGCUUUCAAUACAGCGAGGAAGCUCUUUUGGGCAAGCACACUUUCACAGAGAGAUUCCAUUCUGGGAGCUGACUUUCACGAGCCGGUCUUUUCUUUAUAAGCAGGUGCGGAGGAUGACGGGGGCCCUGGUGGCUGUAGGACGGAGACUGUUGUCCGUGUCUCAGAUGAAAGAGCUACUGGAGGCUCGGGACACCCUGGCUUACCCCCAGGGCCUGGUUGCUCCGGCCCACGGCCUCUUCCUCACCAAGGUGCACUACAGAGAGUCAGACCUGCAGCUUUCACGGCAGCCGUCCUGCACUGACAACUCAAAGGACUGAUGGUACUUGAAUAAACUGAUACAUUUUUAACCUCCUGUG